UUUGCUUUGACUGUUAACUUCAUAAUGCCAGUAAAUGAGCUUCGCAUAUGUUUAUUAACAGUGUUACAUUUCAUGUACCAUUUCAAAACAUCCAUAUUUUAUGUUUGACAACACUCAUUACUCUUUUUUUCGUGAAAAAUGGAUUUUACUUCUGGAAGGUACCCAUUAAAUGAUCCAAAGUUUUCAUUAGGAAGUUAUUACAAUUCCGAUGCGGAAAAAAACACUACGUGUGAACUUCCAAAUUUGCAGAACUCGAUUCAUUUUCCGAAAUACGGAUAUAGCACCGUAAGGCACGUGCUAUCGGAUAAUUUUGCAGACGACAUUGCAGAAGACUUUAACGAAAGUGAAAAUAAACUUGAAGAUGAAGUAUGUGACGAUAUUGAAAGUAAUUCAACACAUUAUUCGUCUGAUUCAAAAGCGCGGGUAGAGAACGCUGUCCCUUCACGUGGAACUUAUUGUAUGAACGACAAAAUGACAGCUGCAGACGACAAACGGAGUGAAAUGGAGGAGACGAACUAUAUAGUGAAACUUGAGAAAAUGUCUCCAGACUCGUCGGGUGGAGUUAGGGAAACUCUGAAAGUCAACGGCCUUAGUGACAAAAAGAAAAACGCGGAUGCGCGGAAUAAAGAUCAAGACCCAAACGUAAAACCACCGUAUUCCUACGUCGCGUUGAUUGCCAUGGCAAUAAAAGAGUCCGGCGAGAAACGACUGACGUUAAGCGGAAUCUACCAGUUUAUAACAAACAAGUUCCCUUAUUACGAGAAAAAUAAAAAGGGCUGGCAAAAUAGUAUACGUCAUAAUCUUAGCUUAAACGAGUGUUUCGUUAAAGUGCCAAGGGAAGGUGGCGGAGAAAGAAAGGGAAAUUAUUGGACCCUUGAUCCAGCCUUUGAGGACAUGUUCGAAAAAGGAAAUUACCGCCGACGCCGACGAAUGAAAAGACCAUACCGCCCGGCGAUUGCUCUGACAAAGUCUUUCUUCGGUGACCCUGCUCAUUGUGCCUUUGGACAAUUUUCUUUUGCCAAGAACUACUUUUCUCCACCGCCUUAUUCUCAGUAUUCGGCGUAUCAUUCAUGGUCCCUGCCUGGACAUAGCCCGACCCCGGGGCCAACUUCAAUGAAUAUGAACUACAACUCAUGCGGACAGAGUUCAAGAAUGCCUCACACCGGGUCGUCACUCGGCUCAUGCGGAUACGGGUCUAUACAAACAGGUUUCCAACUCGGUACAAACUCAGGCAGCCAUUAUUCCCAGCUAGGUGAUUAUUCUUCCGUCCCGCCGACGGCACCGCUGACGUUCUCCUGCCGGCAACAGAGUGAACCCUUUAAUCCAGUCCACUAUGCAUAUUGGUCCGACAGAUGAUUCAGAAAAGGGUUAUAAAUACCAAAAACAAAUGCUACUAGGACUUUAGAACUGUUAUAUUCUUGGAGUGAGAGAUAUACAAAUGUACUUUAAAAUAACACGAGUUGUUGGUUUGCACAUGGACUUUUAAAAACGUUAGGUGUGCCAUUUUUUGUCUGUGCCAAAUUUGGAUAUUUAUACCAAUUUAACCUAUUCAUUUAUCUAGAAGUGUAAAAUGUCUAGAAUUUUCUCAAACACAUGUGUUAACUUACACGAUCAAGGAAAGCCUAUGCAACUCUUACCUCCAGCAGGUAAGGUGGUUUUGAUCCCCGGUGUUGCUUUUAGUUUGUAACACCCGAGGUAAACCAAAAUUUAAUGUCCUGUUUCGGCGUAAUGUGGCCUAAAUUGAGUUGGUGCGCCGUAAAACAAAACAAACUAAUCAUACCAGUUUAAGGUAAUAAAGAAAUGUUACUUAUGCUAAAGUACGUGGUUUUGUGUUUUAAAAAAUGCGUUGCAGAAAUGUUCCUUGUGUUAUUACAUUUUCAUUCUUUUAAUUUUUAUAAGCAUAUAAAUUAAUUUAAAAUGAUAUAAAACUGCACGUUUGUAACGUGAAUUUUCAUUGGAUAUUCAUUAUAACGUUUGUUCUUUUUUUUUGUAACAUAAAGAAAUAGUGCUGUAUCUUAAUUUUGCUAUAAAGAUUUUUGAGAGGUAGUAAAUAUUAACAUUGGCUUUAUGCAAACCUGAGCCGUGAGGCGAGGAUUACAUACGUUACAAACGGUAAAACCUGCAAUAAACCUUUAUAAAGAUAGCAUAAGUAGGAUGCCUUUUAUAAACUAAUGUUUAAAAAAAACUAUUUCUUUCUUUCUUUCUUUUUUUCUUUGUGCUUUUCUUUUAUUUUAUUUGGUAGAUAUAUAUAAAUAGAUUGUCGAAAAUCUUGUUAUUUACUAUUUAUAUAAUUAUUUAAUGAUUAAUCUUUUUCAGGCUUUUUUAUUUUGUGCGAUGAUGUGUAUUUAUAUACAACAGAAGUAUGUUAAACA